AUUUUGGUGCACUGUUAUGAUGUGAGGUGCGUCAGCGUGCAAGAGGCAUGAGAGUUACAUAAAAUCAUGGUGUGAAUUACAUAAAAACACUUAAAAUGGAGUUGAAAUGGAAUGAUACUCCUGUCACUGGACCUCUUGUGUUCUCUAGAGAUGUUUUUGACAAGUUCACUUUAGCUCCCACCAUUAAAGAGCUGUAUGCUUUGGUGCAAAGCCAUGAUCCAGAUGGAUCCUCCUCAGAACUGAAAUCUGCAAAGUGUGACAGAGAAGAUUCCCAGAAUAGCUCCAGUAACAGCCAUGCCUCGGUCGAGCCGCCUGACAGCAUACAAACUCAAAAUAAUGUUAAACCCAAGCAUGUGAUGAUUGUGAAAAAACCAUUCCCUGAACCCUUAGUGCCCUACACAAGCUUCACUGCCCUCAACGCAAAAGAACGCAAGUCACAUCUCUCCCGGUUAAAAAACAAGAACUAUCGCAAAGCUCCAAAGCAUAUGCCGGAGCGUAUCAGCAAUGAGAUCACAGAGUUUAUGAAGUACCUGCAGAACGUUUCAAGAGCAUGUGCCGAUGGCUACAACUAUAUGCCACCAGGGGGCAGUCGCUACUUGGAGGAGUAUUUUACAGUCUGCCUAGAACAUAUAAAGAGCUAUCCACAGUUAUACAGCAUCCAGGAAAUUACCGGCCUGACCACUGGAACGUUUGUGUGUGAAUUAUCGCUCAAUUUUGAGAAACAGCUCCUUGCAUUGGGCAAAAUAGAUAUGGUUGAUAAAAAACUUCUCCCUGAAAACUCUCAACUUGCCGGUGACUAUGAGACCGUCUCAUCCGUGAUUCCUCCAGCUAUGAAAGCAAGCUCUCUGCACACUCCUAUCAGCAGUGACAAUAAUGCCGAAAAACUCAGCGCUACAUACGAGCCACAUGUGUGUCUUUCUAAAGAGGCCUUCCUUCAGCUCCUCAGCAAUGACCCUGAGUUAACCGAGGCAUGGGAGCUGCCCGUUUGGGUCAAAAUGAACCCUACAAGAGGCAGCGGUCAGAGUAAAACGGCAUACAUCGAUCCUCCAUUGUUGAAGACCGAGAUGAGCUGGAGAGAGAGAAAUCUGAUGUUUCACGAGGAGAGCGUGAAGGUAGCGCUCACGAAUACCGUAUCCCGUCAAAAUCCCGUAUUUUUACUCGCCUCCGAAGACCUCUCCCUAGAAAUGGACCGUCCACGUGAGGAGAAAAUCUCCAGAAGUGUGGUCGAAUUUGACGAUGCUGACAUGGACUUUGAAGCAGAUUUAACAGACCUGGAAUCAUUCGGGGAGUCCUGCAAGACCAAUGUAAAAGUGAAGGCACAGAACGAAGCAAUAACAGCUGUAGGUCCCUCGCACGUCAUCUCAAGCCCUAAGAAACCAACCGAUGCUCUAGAUACAACCAAAGACAACCCCAAAUGUACACCAUCUGAGAUCCAGAAAGAAGCCGAUGGGGAAUGUUGCGUACUGGAUGAAAGUGUGGCUUCUGAGGAGGAACGUUUGAGGGAAGGUUCAGAAGAGAAGAUUGAUACACUGUCCCAAGGUCUGCCCACCAAGCGACCUAGAUCGAUGAUGAACCAGGAUUCAGAUUCAGAUGAUGAUAGGCUAGUUAUAGAUCACAUUGCUUCCCCGCGAAGACCCCAAACCUCGACUCAACUCAACCCAGCCACAUUGACCCCAGCAAACCCUUUAGGCAAAGGAAUGAAGAAGGGUCUUAAAAGGCGAAGAAUUUCCGGGGAGUGCGAUCAGCUCGGGCAGAUUUUGAAGAUGCAGGAUGCCAUGAUGAAACCAACUCCCAGUAAGAUCCAAGAACCUCAGAAAGCGCCGGUGUUAGAAGAUAAACCUACAGAACAUAAAACGUACUCUCUGGUCAAACCGUGUGUCACCUCGUACCUGGAGUCCAGAGAGGGUCAGGGUGAGGACCCCACAGUGUCUACUAUAGUUCCUGUCCUCGCAACCAGAAAACGGCUUUUGAAGGAAGAUCUUCAGAUCAGGGCGGAGGAUGAGCUUGACUUUGAUCCUCCAGCAGAGGGCAGCGUUCUGUACAAACUCUACAGCCUGCAUGACAUUCUGCUCAUGGUGCGCAGCAGUGUGCCGAUUGCUCACCCGAGACAUGACAGAGAGACAUUCAGGGCUGUCCCUUUGCACGUUUUACCCAAACUGGAGUAUCAGCUAUGCUACGGAGCCGAGAGUCUGACCCAUUCCGAGGUCUGUCAACUGUGGGCCGAGAAACUUCUCCACUCCAGCACUGUGUCUUUUAUAAGUCGUAUUAAUGCCCACACAUCAGAAGUGGCUGAUAUACAGGAGCUGCAGGAUGACUGGAUUCAGAACAUCACCUGUAACUUCAAGCCAGCUCGGUGUUUAAACAUCCUCUAUCACUUACUUAAGAAAGUCUCAACACUACAGGAAGGGCGAUACCUGCUGGUUCACAAACCUCGCGAGGGCUUCGUAACCAUCUUGAAAGCCACCGACGGGAACAAGGUCACUCGCGGCGUCUACAACCUGCAGGCCGCGCACUGCGGACCCCCUGCUGUGCUGUCAGUGGUGCCUUGGGUUCCCCUGGACCCCUGGCACAUUCUGCCAUUUCACCAGCAACACAACAGACCGCCCUGCACCUUCCCCCCACGACUGCCUCCUCAGUCAAAGAAAGUGAAAGGAGCACAGAGGGGAGCACAGCAAGGACCCACAAACACUGGAACAGGCUCAACACCAGCAGCCAAUCCAAACCAAACACCGAAGAAAAAGAAGAAGAAAAAUAAAAACAAAAAUCAGAAACCGAAAUGGCAGAAGAAAGUGAGAGCCAAGCUGAUUAACGAGGCCAAAAAAGCCAAACCCACGACGGUGUAAAGAACUCCUGAUAUGUUUACUUGAACUUUAAGAAUGGCUGUGUGAUUUCUGUUAAUAUGUUUGUGUAUUUCUUACUCUUUCAAAACACUUAUGACUUAUUAUAUGUACAAUUCACCUUUAAGUCAGACGGUGAAGUAUAAGUUUCACCUUUGUUGGAGUUAAUGUUUAUCUCAGCAGGAAAAUAAUAAAUUGUUGUUUAUUACAGUUAGUUCUGGUACUUUAAUCUGAAUAGACAAGAGCGUUAAAGGGAUAAUUCACCCAAAAAUGAAAAUACUGUCAUCAUUUGCUCACCUUCAUGUCAUUUCAUGCCUGUAUAAGUUACUUUGUUCUGAUGAACACAGAGAAAGAUAUUUGGAAGAAUGUGAGCUAUUAUCAAAUCUGUGACAUCAUUGACUGCCAUGGUAGGAAAAUUAAAUUGUAGUCAAAGGUGCCCCAAAACUGUUUGUGUUCCUAAAUUCUUCAAAAUAUCUCACUUUGUGUUCAUCCAAAAAACAAAUGUCCUACUAUGGUAGUGGAUGAUGUCACAGAACUGAAAAUUGCUAACAUUUUUACAAAUUUCACAGAACAAAGAAAUUUAUACAAGUUUGAAACAACCUGGGGGUGAGUAAAUUAUGACAGAAUUUUCAUUUUUGGGUGAACUGUUCCUUUAAGAGUGCUUAUGUCACUCCACUUGUCUGUGUUUGUGUCAGUCUGUGCGUUGCCAAAGUCAUUGUGGGAAGUCAUCACCCUAUCUGUAUUUGCGACACCUCCGGGCAGCUGUUUCAGUCAUACAAUACCAAGUCAUGUCUUGAACGGCAGUAGACUGGUAUUUUUAAAAUCGCUCAAUCAAACAACUUAUUUCUGACCAGCAAUUAACAUUAAAGGAACGGUUCACCCAAAAAUCUAAAUUCUGUCAUACUCGCCCUCAAACCUGAAUAAAUUUAUUUGUUCUGUUGAACACAAGAAGAUAUUUUGAAGAAUACGUGAAACCAAACAGUUCUGGGGCACCAUUGACUACCAAAGUACCAUUUUUUUUCCUAGUAUGGUAGCCAACAGUGCCCUAGAACUGUUUGAUUGCAAACAUUGGAUGGCCUCUAAAUAUCUUUCUCAGUGUUCAUCAGAACAAAGAAAUUUAUACAGGAACAACUUGACGUUGAGUAAAGGUUGACAGAGUUUUGGGGUGAACUAUCCCUUUAACUCAUCUAAAAUGUUGUUUCUUAAGCUACAUUUUUUCCCAGGUUGCUAAAGAUACCAGCCCCUCCCUCAGAGAAUUGCUGGUUAUAGUGAUUGAUAAUUGGCUCUUUAUUCUGGGAGGCGGAGCUUCCUUUAUCCAUUCAUAGAAAUGACACUGCAACAUCUUAUUCAUUUCGAUAAUCUUUGGCGACACUCAUCUUAAGCGAUUGAUCCUGCUUAACCCAAUCAGAAGUAAACAAAAAUAAAAAAAUGUGAUUACAUGAUAUUCACAUAUUUAUAAAUCUGUUUAAUUAAAAUGUGUAUGUCUUUAAAUGCUUGAAAUGAAUAAUGGUCAGUUUCGGUUUGGUUUAAUAAUAAGCUUGCUGGCAGGUGUGUUUAAAAUAAUCAUAUCAUCCGCACACAGUAUGUUUACCGGAGCAUGAAUCAUCUGUUCAAGGGUGUCAUCUUAUGACAACAGAAGUAAACCUCUGCCUGGUGUUGACCUGUAUUAUCAUGUUAAUCAUGUAUAUUAUUACCUGUAUUAUCUGUAUUAUCAUGCUUUUGGGUCUACAAAAUCUUGUCCAGUUUGGUGUUUUUCGACUGAUAUGGCAUUAAAAUACAUCACAUAGUGGACGGAUCGCUUAACGUUAAUGACUGCACUGCAUUUAAAGCUGUGCAGUAAGAGCUUUUCUUCAACGUCAGUUUGUUCCUUUCUUUUGUUUUUAUCACAUGCAUUGUUGGCCACUUCCUUUAAGAUGAGGUGUGAAAUUGUAUGCACAAUGGCUAUUUGAAAACAUGUUAAAAACUAUUUUAGACUGAAGAUAAAUGACCAUAAAUCUUUCUCUAAUAACAGCUUUUUAAGCUAACAUGCAUUCCUUACUAAACAUAUAAAAGUAAAAAAUAUUUCAAAUGCAAAUGUUUAUUAUUUAUUUUUAAAAAUAUAUUGCAAGUCCCUCAUUAUAAGUGAAUAUGUUUUGCAAUUUUACGAGGGCUCUUUAAAACCUUAAAGUAAAAUAAUUUUUCUUAGCAACCUUUUGUUUCUUGUAAAGUUCUUGUGAAGUAUACAUUCUUUUGAUGCCAAACAGCAUUGUCAAGAUAUUUACCUGUGACUUCCAAAAAUGUUUUUUUAUUUUGUGUUAUUGGAUGUAUGCUUCAGACAGACGCUGCCAUUGAGAUGAAUAGGAAUGCUAACAAAUCUCUCCCAUAUCAACAUCAACAUGCUUAUUCUUUUCCUUUAGUUCUCUGCACAUUCGACUAAGUUCAGAGUAACUUUUUAAAAAUAAAUAUCCUUAAAUUCUCACUUUCCAGAUGAGCUGUCUCUAAUGUCCUUUGUUCUAGGGUUACAUAAACUCAUUGUGAAGUUUAUCCAGACUGUGAGCUGGAAAGAGUUAGCGGGGUGUGUGUCAU